UCCAAGAUGGUUCCGGUCGCAAACAACGUCACGUGGGACCGAGGCGGGAAGCGUGCUGGGCGGCAAGGCCUCUGUUCAUUCCCUGCUCUGCGGAGCGGCGAUGGAAAAGUUUGCAAGCCCAGGCAAAGGCAACGGCCUGCGCCUUUUGAAGGCAGUGAAACCGGGCGAGUUGCUGUACCGCGCGGCGCCCUUCGCUUACAUCGUCAGCAAGAAGCGCCUGGGAGGCGCGUGCGAGCACUGUCUGCGCAGGAAGGAGCGGCUAUUUAGGUGUUCUCAAUGCAAAGUUGCAAGAUACUGUGGUGCGCACUGUCAGAAAGAAGCCUGGCUGGACCACAAACGGGAAUGCAAAUGUAUGAAGCAUAUUGACCCUAAUUUUCCUCCUGACUCAGUGAGGCUUGUUGGCAGGAUUAUUUUCAAAAUAUUAAGGCAAUCAGCAUGCCCAUCAGAAGAGCUGUAUUCUCUUUCUGAUCUUCAGUCAAAUGGUGAUAAGUUAAGUGAAGACAUGAAAGAAGGCCUCAGGCACCUUGCUAGGACGUUGCAGCUGUAUUUGAAGGUGGAAAUCCAAGAUGUUUCUCAGCUUUUGCCGGCCUUAGAUAUUUUUCAGAUCUUUGCAAAAGUGACCUGUAACUGUUUCAGCAUAAGCAACGGAGAAAUGCAGGAUGUUGGUGUUGGACUUUAUCCCAGCAUGUCCUUGCUGAACAACAGUUGUGAUCCUAAUUGUGUGGUCAUCUUCGAGGGUCCCCAACUCCACCUUCGGUCCAUCCAGGAAAUUCAGCUGGGAGAAGAGCUCACCAUCAGCUACUCUGAAACUGUAAUGCCCACUCCUGAACGUCAGCAGAAUCUGAAGCGCCAGUACUGUUUUGAAUGUGACUGCUUCAUGUGCUGCACGCAAAGCAAGGAUGCUGACAUGUUGGCAGGUGAUGAGCAAGCUUGGAAAGAAGCCAAAGAAGUUAUAAAUACAAUAGGAGCACCAAAGUCAUGCGAAGAGUGGGAGCAAGUUUUGUUGUCCUGCCAGACACUACUGAAAAGCAACACCUCUCGUCUCCCAGACACCAACAUCUAUCAGCUAAAAUUACUUGACCUCGCUAUGGAUGCCUGCAUAAACCUUGGCCUUUUGGAGGAAGCUUUGCAUUAUGGUAACAGAACUUUGGAACCCUACAGGUUUUAUUAUUCCGGCUUCCAUCCUUUGAGGGCUAUCCAGAUGAUGAGAGUGGGCAAGUUGCAGUACAGCCAGGACAUGUUCUCCCAGGCUCUUGAAACCCUGAAACAGGCUCAUGAUAUUAUGAAAGUGACUCACGGGACAGAGCAUAGCCUCAUGCAGGACUUGAUGAUGCUUAAAGAAGACUGUGAGGCUGGCAUGCCAUUCAAAUAAGGUGACCUGCAAGACACAACUUAGCCGAAGGAGAACAGAGAGAAGACCCUGAAGAAAAUAAAUAUCUUCCUUGACUAGACAUAUGGCAGUAAAAUUGCCAUAUGUAUUGAGUGGAUUUCCAUUGAUCUGAGUACUGCUAGGAAAAAUGGUCUAGUUGUUUUAUUGUGUAAUCUCUGCAUUAUUACUUCUGCUAAUUCUCCAAGUGAUAUUUCUUAACAGUUAGUAAUUCCAGCAGAAGCUGCUUCCUGCUGAGCAGUGGGUUGAAAAGACGUCAGGAAAAUUCCAAGUUACAAUUUGUUUAUAAUUGAAAACAUAGAAAAUACUAAUUCAUGUAAGUGCAUUAUUAGAUGGGUAUAAAUUAAAACUCGUACAUUCAAAUACCUUUUAACAUUGCAAGUACUUGAAUUCAGUUUCCUCAGUGUCCUUUCGUCCUACCCUAAAUUGCCACCUCCUCUUGGAGGUGUUGUCAUUUCCAGGUAUGCAAUUAUUUUUUGCAUAGCAUGCUUAUUAUUAGAUUAUUAAACAUGGAAACUCCAGAUACAAUUGAGAUGCAAACUUCUAACAGUGUCAUUUGUUAGCUGUUCGGAGUGAUUCUGCCCUGAGUGAUGUAUAAGCAUCAGAAAGGAAAGUAGAAAGACAGAUCAGCAGAAUAAAUUUAUUACUGAAUCAUCUGUGUUGUUCCUAUCUAGUAAUACUGCAGCAAAGUUUUGCCUCCAGUUGAUACAAAAGUUCUCAGAAUAAGGUCAAUCAGCCUGCAAAAACUACAGUUCUUGGUAUGUUUCCUACUGAAGGCAUUCCAUUAAAUGGGGAAGUUCUUACUUCUGAGUAAAUAUACCUAUAAUUGUGCAGUUAAUUUGUCAUUCUAAUACUAAGUGCUCAGUUUUGCAUUAUUGCCCAAUAAAGCCAUUUUUAAAUUUGUUUA